CAAUUCUUUCUUCUUCAUGUUCUUCUUCUUCUUCGGUUUUUUCUCAUCUCUGUACUUUUGGUCUCCGAUUCCACGAUUUGAAGGCGAUUUCUGAUUUGAUCAAGGUAGGUUUUGUAUUUGGCUGGCGAAGAUCAUCGAACGCAGCAACGAAGGUCGAUUCCAAGAAGUUAAGAAUCCAAUGGAGCACAACGAGACUGACUGCCAAGCCCAAGAACGCCCGAUUCUCUGCAUCAACAACUGCGGCUUCUUCGGAAGUUCAGCAACCAUGAAUAUGUGCUCCAAGUGCCACAAGGACAUGAUUCUGAAGCAGGAGCAGGCCCAGUUGGCACUCUCCUCCAUCGACAACCUCACAAAUGUUGGCAGUAGCAAGGAUCAUAUCGUUUCUGGUAAUGCAGAUGUGGAUGCUGGCUCUAUGGAGCCCAAACUGUGUUUGGGACCGUCAUCCAGUGAUUCAGUAGCUGCCGGUAUGAUAGCAAAGGCAAAGGCAGGAGGUCCUAACCGGUGCAACUCAUGCGGGAAGCGGGUCGGUCUGACCGGCUUUAGCUGCCGCUGCGGGAAUGUCUUCUGUGCAACACAUCGCUAUUCAGAUAAGCACGACUGCCAAUUUGACUACCGACAAGCAGCACAGGAUGCCAUUGCCAAGGCAAACCCUGUCGUCAAGGCUGAGAAGCUCGAUAAAAUAUGAGAAUUCUCCUCAAAUAUUGUUGGAUGCUUGGAUAUGGUAUGUCAUCUUUCUAUUCUACCUUAUGUUGGUAUUGUAGUUGUUACUUGAUAUCACAAAGUUGUAUUGCUACCUGUGAUCACUAGUAGUUAAAGAUCAAUUUAGUCGUAGAUCGUUGUUGUUCAGUGUUAUUAUUUAUUAUCAUGAUUUGCUGCC